CUAGGAAGGCCAGCGGGUCAACGGCGGGAGUCCCCCUCGCACCCCUCGAUCGCGGGCUAACCCGGAGUAAAGUUAGCGCGCUUAGCUGGCCCGGUUAGCAGGAAGGAAGCCUCCCAACGAAGCCCGAAAAAGCGAAGCAGGAAGUGUGACCGAUGACCCAACCUUGAAAGGGAACCAGCGGCUACGCCAACUAAAAAAGAUCGGGGACAACGCGCACACAGUGUGCGAGGCCGUACCACCGCUUCCAUCGCGCGCUCGUCCGCGCCCGUCCUUAGUGACGUCACGGCACCACGUGACGGUCUCGAGCCCCCACGUGACGACAUCAAGAGCGUUCUCCGGGAGCGGCGACCGACCGAUCGGGCGGAGAGCGCGCGAGGGAGCGAUCGCAGGAGCGCCCAGACAGUUCGCCGGUGGACGUUGUCGGUGUCGGGUCUUGUGUGAGCUGGUGCCGCCGCCGCGUCGGAGGAAGUGUCGCUUCGAGAGAUUCUCCAGUGGAUGCGCUCGGGUUCUUCUUCCUCAUCCCUGCUCUGCUCGCUUGUCUGUACUCCUCACGCGGAAGAGGAAUCGCUCCAGGUGAAUCCAGCUGGGAUGCCCCAAGCGAGGCAGUUUCUCCCAGCACCUGUGGUGACUAAAUGAGCGGGCACCGAGGUCUUCGGCUGGGAGUGCCCUGACCACGUGACACACCGAUGGGCAAUCCUUGCGAGGCGUCGGCGUCCGGAGGUCCAGGGACAAGGGCCACGUCACCGCCGCCGGUGUUCCACAUCUCGGGCAGGCCGCUGUCCUCGGAUGGGGUCCCGCUGGCGCCGGUGGACACCCAGGUGUCCCAACCCCUGGCCGCGCCUCCUGGAAGACAGCCUUCGCUCGACGAUGGCUCGCUGGCCACCGAGACCACCUUGAGCGAACAGAGCGACUCGGCCAGCAGCGGCCAAGAAGCGACGUCCAGGCCGCACGACGAGGCGCCUGCGAGCGACCCUGCGGUCCCCAGGGGCGAGACGGCAGCGAGCAACGAGGAAGCGCGGAGGCUGAGUCGGGGCCUCUGGUCCCACGACCUUUUCUCCGUGUUCGCCACCUUCUUCAGCGUCUUCGGGCUCUUCAGCGUCACCAGGUUCUCUAUCCUGGUCUAUAUUUAUAAAGCCUGCUUCAUCCUUCAGUUCUUCGUGUUAUCAUCCGUGUUUGGAGUUCCGUUCCUGUACCUGCAAAUGUCCUUGGGCCAAUAUUUGGGAUCUGGGAUCCUCGAUAUGUGGUACAUAUCGCCCGCCUUCAAAGGUGUCGGAGUCGCCCUGGUGCUCGUGUACUUCGUGUGCGGCGUGUACUUUGCCGUGCCCGUUUCCUGGCUCUUCUUUUACUUCCGAGAUUCCUUCAUCAAAGCCAGGGACUCCUACCGGUGGUCCGUCUGCCAGACGAGGUUCGCGUCCAACGGUUGCUAUAAACACAAUGUAUCAUCGCCAGAAUUCUUGGGCUGGACCACAGCAUCAUAUUUUCACGGGCGGGUCUUGGACCGCCGGCCACAGUCGCCAGCCGGUGGCAUCGGAGAGCUGAGGUUUGAACUGGCCUUCAACCUCGGCAUUAUCUGGCUCCUGGUGUUCAUUGCGCUAAGCCGGGGACUCAAGUCAUUUGGCAAGAUUCUCUCCGUUCUGGGAAUGCUUUCGAUGUGCCUUCUCGUGUUCAUCACCAUCAGAAUGACAGAGCAGUGGGGAGGAGGCAUCUCCAGUCUCUUCAGGGCAGACUGGAAAGGAGUCUUAGCCGACGCAAAUUCCUGGGUUGUUGCGGCACGAGAAGUUUUCCUAACUUGGGGACUAUUUGGGGCGCUGGCCUUUCAUGUCAAUAGUCACAACAAAUUUUCAACAAAUGUCACGAGAAACAUGAUCUGCGUGACAACGCUCGUCUGUACAGUGCUUGUGCUGGUCGCAUCCCUGUUCGCUAGCAUAGCGCAUCUGCUGCGCACACAUGGCAUGGUUCUAGUCAGCUCAUCAUUCGAGGAAGAGGCAACCGUGCGCUUCCUGCAAUCGGCCAACGGGUCCUGGCCUCCCAUGACGCUCUCGUCCCCGGUGAACCUGCUCACCGGGGUGCUGCUCCAGAGCCCCCGGAAGCACAGCCUGUUCAGCGGCUACCAGGUGGCCAGGUUCGCCACUGAGGUGUUUCCGGCGGGCCUGUCCGCAGAGGGCGGCCGCAGCAUCUCACCUUUCUGGCCCAUCUGCUUCUACGUCAUGCUGGCCACCUUCGGCCUCGGGCAGCAGAUCUGUUUGUGGAACUGCGUUGUGGACGCCAUCGUAUCCAUUCGGCCAAAGUGUCUCUCGAGAUGGCGAACUAUCACAACCUUUGUGGCCUGCACCAUAGGCUUUCUUCUGGGGCUAUUCUUCGCCACAGACGUAACUCUGCAGUUGAUGCUGUUUCUCGAUGUGUGGCUGGGAUCUCUGUGGUGGAUUGUUGCUCUUUACUUCAUCAUGCUCAUAGUCGUGUUAUUUAUACAAGGCAAACCGUUUGGAACGGACAAGCUAGUCAGAAUGAUUGUACGAAAGGAGAGGUCCAAGUCUAUUUAUCUACCCAUGCUCACGUUCCACUGGAACGUCUUGCUACCCAUCUCAUUCUUGAUGCUGUCCAUCGCGUUCAUGCGGUCUGGACACCUGGCCAUGUUCUCCCCGGAGUCCCUGUCACUCUUCUACCACUACUGGUCCCCCUGGGUGGGCUCCUUCUGCGUCCUGCUGCAGACGCUGCCGCUGCUGUCCGUGGCCGUGAUCGCCGUCGCACAGGGUCUCAAGAUCGUCGUCUUCAGCAGGACACAAGUCCAGAUGCACGAGCGAAUUGAGUCCUGGUGCUGUCCGACCCUGGCGACGACGAGCGCAGCCUUAGACGCGCCACCCAUGGCCCCCGACGCCACUCAGGGCGUCUCCAACGUUGCAUUCGAAGAAGACGUGCCGCCCAAAUACUCACCGCCGCCUUCGUACUCCACCGCAACGGCACGCAUGAUCCUGAAAGAGCUGCACAAGCCCCAGCCCACGAGCAGCAGCCUGCACAGUCUGCUGUCGAGCCGCGACCAGGCGCGCCCAGACAAGAUCCACCUGACUGUGCAGGACUGCCGCAUCGACCUGUCCUCGCACAGUCCACCCCGAGAAAGCUCAUCGGACGCGUAGUCUUGUGAUUCGCAGUCACUCACGGCACCGAGUCAUCCACAUCGAUCUGUUCAAACAAAUGUCGCGAUCAUCCUUCAUUCGCCAGUCUCAUGACCCGAAUCCUACUAAGGCGGCGAACAGAAACAACCGACAGACAUCAAACACGUACAGCAUGCAUGUGCAGGUGUCCUUGACAGGCUCGCAAUCACUGGGUGCACGUGAAGCACGAGCCUGCUAAAGAGCGCGUAUGCUGCACGGUAUCAGUUGUUUCUGUUUGUCGCCCUAGUGGGACUCGGCUAUCACGCAGUGUGAAGCUGCAGUCCAAAUGUGUGCCGCAAACAAAGCGCUCCUACCCACCGCUCUUGUAACAGCGAAUUAUCUGUAGGCUUCUUUGGAGCCCCCUGUAGCUUGUUUGGACACGUCAGCAUGGCCCGAUUGAAGCGAUUGUAGAGUGACCAGGAGAGUUUAUAGAAGAUGACCCCUCGGUUUUGUAGUGGGCUACAGCAGGACGCCAGCUGCCAUCUUGAGGAUCUUGGGUGCGGCUCCCUGUGUUCAAAUCAAGCUAGGUAGAUCCUUCACUUUAUUAUGCCGGGGAUGGUUGACUGGUUGCCGGGUAAAUUUCAUCAUUUCAAGCUCGUUGAACUUGACAGAAGCAUAGAUAAGGGGAAUCUCUUCUGCUUUCUGAAAGAACCAAAUGGCGGCGAGCUGCGCUACUCUAACAUGCGCUGUAGUGUCCAUAAGCAGCCUAAGCGAGGGCUCUCACGUUUUGAAAACUGGCAGCUAUCAGUACAAGCCUUCGGUGUUGUGUAAUCACAGAGAAUCCUGGUGCUAUUGUUCGGGACAAGUUGAUCUUGAUUGAAGUGAAAUUCUAAAUGCAAGGUCACGAGUACUGGUGUUGGAAUAUCUUCAUGCAGGCUGACUAGAUCACUAAACAGAACAGAAUUGAUUAAGGAAUGUAAGUGAUGUAACUGCAAAUCGUCUCUUUAAAUAUGCCAUGCUUGGUUGACCGUUCACGACACCAAGGACGCUUCAGUGUCCGAAAUCUGUGCAUGUUGUUUCAAUGUUAGCCUUAUUUAUGCACGUUGUAGCGAAAUACUAAAACACAACCCUAUGCAUGUGCAUUGAUCAUAUGCAGCUUGAAGUGUGCGGAGCACAAAUAGCAAAGUAAGCCAAUAAGUUAUUCUAUCUAUAAGCAAAUGAUAGAUGUUUGUUUUGCGGAAGUGUGCAACAAAUGAUGUCCGCCUCUAAGCGAAGUGUUCCUCUCCACAUGCUUUGGUUCACUGUAAGUUUUAGGCUGCACCAAGUAGGAAGCACAAUACUCGUUCUGAAGCUGAACUAAUUAGAGACUAGAAAGACCCGUCAAAACUGACGUUGCUUCUCUUACUGCACACAUGUCCGGUCCCCACACCUCUUCCAGGUACCAGACAUUCCAUACUUUUCAGUGCACACAGGUGUUGGCAGGAUUCACUAAAUUAAACUGAGCUCGAAACUUUAGGCUUUGGAUGUUGACGUUGCACUGAAAUUCUCAGCAGAUAGCCACGGUAUUUGGUGAAGCAUUAGAAAGAAAAAAUAGCAUAAACUUGACAAGAGCUAAGGUAGUAUAUUUCAUAUUGUUCAAGAAAAGAAAAUUAAACCACUUCAUAAUGACUUUUGAGCUGAGUCCUGCAAGGAUAACAGCUUCAAACAGUUUUAUCUUGAGGUACUGCAGCCUCAAAUAUCCAAAGAGUUUCAAUUUGAUCCAUGUGCCCAGGAUAUUGUACCUGCAUUACAACUCGUUCACGAAAAUGUAAUUUAUAAUCCGCACCAGCCAGUUUCAUUGUAGAAAUUUGUAGAUAACUCGCUGGUAUGCAGGGCUUUACUCAAGUAAUGCUGGAUACUGUGCAAGUAUUGUUUAAUACAAGCACAAUGUCAAUAUUCUUCAUCAGAAAUUGAGAGUAAUUAUGCUCGUCUACUGUAAUACUGAUAAUCGUCCAACAACUAAAAGUGCCCGAUUCUAUGCGGUCUCAGCCCGUUUGAAGAAAUAUGCAGACAUCUUACUUCGUGUAUCUACCUCUACAGAGACCUCAAUACAUAAAUGCACUUUUUUCUUAACUAUAUGCACGAAUGUACCAUAGUUCGCGACAGACCAUCGAUAGACCACGCUGUUUAUACAACAAGCAUGCCUAGAGCACAAAUAGUUUGUUGCGACAAGUCGUGAACAAAUUUUCAUUAUACAUUUUAGAUGGACAAUUCUAACUAUCGUUCUCAAACAAUGUGUUUUCCUGGACGACUUGGGUUAUCCAUACUGUUUUGGUCAUUUGUUUGUUAACUAAAUGUGUAUAGAAAUACAGUAAGAUUUUAUCCAUCAACAAAUCAAAAACAUUUUUCAACAGUUUCUUUUUUUCUCACUUUUUUAAUUAGAGCUUUUUUUUAUGCGAUGCAAGGCUUAGAAUUAGCAAUCUCUCCAAACCAAAUUACUGGCUCACUCAUGUACAUGUGUGCCACAAGUCUAAUGACAUGGACCAGCAGAAAUAUGUGCACAAACAUUCACUGUAAAUAUAGGCAUAUUGAUUGAGUCUGCAACCACCAUUUUAGAUUGCAAACACAUGUACACUAAUCUAUUUUCAUCGAUAUUUCAGCAGAUAUGAAGCACAAAGCUACAGAUGCACAAUGUUCACCACAGCUAAAUGCCUUAGAACAAUGAACACUAGUUUGUGUUGACUGCUCCAAUCUUGUUGCAAUUGCAAGUACCCUGUAAAUAUGUGCAAUGUACAAGCACUGUAAAUUUAAAUGAUUGCGAUAAUGUAAUAUGUGUUAUAGGAAUAAAAAAACAAUUAUGUUGUGUG